AUGUCUGCUGCUUCUAGUAUGGACGUAGGGCCUGAGCUGCUGGCUCGUCUGCCCGCUCUGACAAGUCCUCUAGGCAUUGCUUCUGUCGCUGCUAUUUUACUCAUUGCUCUCUUUAUUACCGAGAAAAUCCUCAGCGUGCCUUAUCCCCCGGGUGUUCCCCUAAUAAGAGAACCUGAAGGCUCUCGUCGCUUCAGUCUACGUACGCGAUGGCAGUACCUCACCAAUUGCCAACCCAUGUUCUAUGAAGCAUACCAUCAAUAUCUCAAACAAGGAAAAGCAGUCGUUCUCCCUGGUUUUGGCGUUAGAAUAGAAGUUUUACUUCCCCAGAACCAGAUGAAAUGGACUAUGAGCCAGCCCGACCAUGUUCUUGACCAAGGAAAAGCUUUUGCUGAGAUUGACCAAGUCUCUUGGUCUCUCGGACACGAUAAAUAUGUCGUCGAUGCCUGGCAGGGACUAAUUGUAAAGUACGAGAUGAACCGCGCAAUCGAGGUUGUCGCCAACAGCAUGAAGGAUGAGCUGCGCGAGGUGUUUGAUGAACAAUUCGGCACAGACACGGAGAAUUGGAAGAAGAUCGAUCUCACCCCAACGGUCAAGAUGAUCAUUGCGCAAGCUGCUAGUCGCUUUACCGUCGGAGUGCCCCUCUGCCGAAACAAGGAGUAUCUCCAGAAUGCUCUCGACACAAAUGAACUCUUCAUCCUAAAUGCAGGUCUAACAGGAGGUCUGCCGCGCAUCAUCCAACCCUUCACAGGUACCCUCUUUGGCUGGCUGGUCGGCAGUAAGGUGUCGCAGCUCAAGAAGUGGAUUGUUCCUCUGCUGAAGCAACGCGUCGACAUGGCCAAGAACCACCCGGAAGAGCCGGAACCACAAGACUUGCUACAAAUGAUGAUCAAAUAUGCCCUUCGCGAAAGACAAGACGAGGUCGAGAACUGGGACAGCAUGGCACGACGUAUCGUAGCCCAAAACUUUGGCGCUAUUCACAACACACAGCUCCAGGUCAUCAAUCUCCUCCUCAAUGUCAUUGGCUCUGAUGCCGAGUUCAACACCAUUUCUGUCCUGCGAGAUGAGAUGGACCGCCUUCUCGGUUCUGACGAUACGGGCAAUUGGACAAAGAGUGCCAUUCAAUCCAUGACUCGCGCCGACAGCGUUUCAAGGGAGUCAAUCCGUCUUGGCUCUUUCGGUGGACGCGCAGUCUUCCGCAAAGUAAUGACCGACGACUUUAAAACACAGGACGGCCACCCUCUUCCCAAAGGAACUCUGCUCUCUUUCAUUAGCUUCCCCGCACAAACCGACGACGAACUCUACGAGGACGGCCUCAAGUACGAUCCCUUCCGCUUCUCCCGCGCGCGCGAAGAGGCUGCUAGUCGCGGCGACAAAGCGCCCCCUGUUACUUUUGUCACCACGUCCCCAGAAUUCCUGACCUUUGGACAUGGAAAGCAUGCGUGUCCCGGACGCUUCCUAAUUGACUUUGAGAUGAAGAUGAUCCUGGCCUAUAUUGUAAAGAACUACGACAUUAAGUUUCCAGACGAGUAUGAAGGCAAGAGGCCUUCCAAUUAUUGGAUUGCCGAGGCGAAUAACCCGCCAAGCGGUGUUCAUAUUAUGGUUAAGAGACGAGCACAGAAGUAG